AACCGCCUCAUUAAACCAUUAUAUGGUACAGCCACGCGGUGAUGGGUACAUUCUCGAUGUGGUGAAUCCGCAUAAACCCAUGAAAUCUUUGGCUGAGGUCAUGGCAUUUUUUGUGGAGACUUCUGGGCGUAUGUCCACUAUUCCCUUGAUAACCAAUGACUACUCUAAACUGGGAAUUCCCGAAGAAGACCAUUUUCAUGACUACAGGAAUUUCAUUCACAAAGUGAACCGCGAUGUUGACAGUGGUGAGCUCACAGAUGCUCCAGAUUUUCGUGAAUCCGGAAAAACACUACCACGCCCUACAUCAAAACCAGUCCGUCCCCAUUUUCACCAUUCACAAACCAUCAACUGGCCAGGAGGGCGCUACGGUGAGCAGAAUUCUCGAGUUGGAAUAGGUUCUGACACCUAUCAGGGACCACCAUAUAACGAAGCUCCGCCCCCACCCCCUUUUCCGCACAAACAAGUAUCGCCGCAAGAUGCUAAGAGAUUGUACGUGAAUUUGGAUAGCUCUACAUCCCAAUCCAAGCCGGACAUCAACUCUAACUCUAAGGCGCAAAGUGAAAUCCAAGCUGCUGCAGCGAACUUAAGACCGGUAUCUGCUAGCGGGGCGCAAAUUGCAAAUGUGUCCAAAGUACAAACAAGACAACAGAUCUCACAGGAGAACAACCAAAGCGCUGUUGGACAGAACAUUCCCUCUUCUGUGCAAAGUCUACCCGGCCAAAUGCCGCCACCGCCCCCAUUUCCUUCAAUCCACUCCCCCACACUUCCCUCGGGAUCUUCUACUCAACAAAAGAACAGACCCCUGUCUCCCACUCCCCCUCCAGUCCCGAAAAACCACCCACCUCCGCUGAGACCAGGGAGUGAUGGUACUGACCAGGGCAAGCCGACCCAGACUGCCACCACAGGAGGUGUUAAAAGUCUGCAGCAGAAUCAAAAUACUCCUGAAGUUGCACCGAAGCCAACCAAAGUACCAAAUGUGGUGACAGCUGCUUUCCGCGACAAACUGGAGCAGACCUUGGGGGGCGGUCUUUCAAGCCCUCCACCAACCACAAAGCAAGCUCCGGACUUUUCCAGACCGACCCAACAGUCCACAGCCAACAUUGCUCAAGGCCACAAUGUCUUUUCCAACAGCCCAAGACCCAGCGAGCCGCCUGACUCAGUAGAAGCGGCUGAUGAGACUUAUGACAACAUUGACCAUUACAGUAACGCAAGCAUGUUCACUAAAAGCCAGUAGUAACAGGAGAGAGAGAAGAGAGAGAAGGAGAGUGAGAAGAGAGAAGAGAGAGAGAGAGAGUGAGAGAGGGAGGGAGAGAGAGAG